UUCCAUUGGGAUGGCAUCCUUUUUGCUACUACUUCCUUGUGGGCUAGAAGCUAAAUCCAAGGAAAAACAUUUUAUUUUAAAAGCCAGAACUAAUCAGACAACCACCGGAAAUGCCACGACUAGUGUUGGAGGAAGUAAACUUUCGAAUGGAAAUCUGUUAGAAGCAUUUUACAAUCACUGCGAAAAUAUAUAUAGGGAAAAGGAUUUUGAUGCCAAUGUCAUCAAAGGCAUGGCGAGUGCUAUUAUGGAUCGCCUUCAUGAGAUGUGUGUUUACCAGCCCAUACACCCGUUAGUACUGACAACUUUCACGGAGACCCUCUAUUGUGGUGGAAAACUGUCGGACGCUAUCGAAAAUAUUGAAAAUAUUUUAUUUGGACAGUUGGACCAAACAUGCAAAGAAAAACACGGAUUCAAGGCCUAUUAUGUUACAAUAAGCGCAGAUAAUAUUGAAGAACACUAAGAUCCCAACUGCCUAUGUUCUUAGGGAUUAAACACAUUUUUUUUU